AUGAUGAUGCCAACAGCGCAUUCCUCGUCCUCGCCAUGCUUGGCCGGUCCCCACUCUGCGUCCGACUCAUCAGGCCCGCGAAACCGGCUCAUUCCAAAGUCAAUCAUAAACACCUUAGAAUAG